UACUCUCAGCAUCACUGCACUCCUCAGCCUCCUCCUGUCAUGGACUGUGGAGAGAAAAGCCGGUGCUAUUCGUUCACCUUGUCUUCAUAACGGAAUACUUUCUAAAAGACAUUAAGGAUUUCCCCCCCCACUAAUCUUUUUCCCCCCCAUCUCAUCAUGUACAUAGGCGCUCUUAUGUAGCCCAAAACCGCAUUCAGACACGCCGCACAUUUUUCCCUAUUUUUUUCCCCCCGGAUUCAUUAACUCGGUUUUGGACCAUGGAUGUUGGGCUGUGUUUCGUGGUGCUUUUGAGGAUUUUGCUGUUUUCCAGCGUCUUUCAUGGCUGUGUGUUGUCGGUGCUCGACUGCCCGCCGGCCUGCACCUGUUCCUCCACCGACAUUUACUGCAAUAAAUCGGACGGGGGGAAUUUCUUCCCUCUGCUCGCUCUGCAGGACAGCAGCAACGGCAGCAGCGGCGGCGGAGACAUCGAAGACCUGUUCAGAAACAUCACCACCAUACACAUAGAGAACUGGACAGGACUGCAGAUCCUGAAGGACGUUGACAUGGAGCUGUACACGGGACUCCAGCGGCUGACUAUCACAAACUGCAAUCUACGAACCAUUCAAGCACGUGCGUUUGCACAAAACCCUCAUCUCCGUUACAUAAAUCUGUCCAAGAACCCACUUACCACGCUCUCCUGGCAGCUCUUCAAGAAUCUUCAGCUGGUUGAACUACGACUGGAGGGGAUUGUGUUCAGCUGUGGCUGUGAGAUUCGCUGGAUCCAGCUGUGGCAGCAGAGAGGGGAGGCAGGUUUACAAACCCAGCAGCUCUACUGCAAGACCGGAGCCAACAAGAUCCGCCUGCGUUCAAUGAACAUCGCUCACUGUGACCUCCCUGAUAUCAGCGUAACUCACAGUAACCUGACGGUGAUGGAGGGAGACAACAUCACAGUCAGCUGUAACGGUUCAGGUUCUCCAUUACCUGAUGUGGACUGGACCGUGAAAGGACUUCACUCUAUCAACACCCACCAGUCAAACGUCUAUUGGCCAAACAUUCACUCCAUCAACCUUACUCUCGUCAAUGUAAGCCGGGACGACAACGACUUCGUCCUCACCUGCAUCUCUGCGAACGUGGUCGGCAUGACCAACAUGUCUCUUCAGCUGGCUGUGCAAUUUCCCCCAGUGAUUAUAAAGUUGGAUGAACCUGAACGCAGACACCACACCUGCAUCGAGUUCACAGUGAGAGGUUUCCCUCAUCCUACACUAAAGUGGUUCCACAAAGGCAGCGAGAUCAAGUCCAGGUACAUCCACAUGGAGGUUGAGGUUUAUAAGGACUACCUGGAAGGCUGCCUGACUUUUGAAAACCCUACACACCAUGAUAAUGGGAACUACACACUGGUGGCCAGUAACCCGCUCGGGUCGGUCACCAAAACUGUCUUCGGACAUUUCCUUGAGGCACCGCCGUUUCCCGACAUGGACGGAAUUAUCGAGUACGGAGACCCCACGCCUGGAAACGAUGUGAACCGGCCGGACGAGGACUCGUUCGGGAUGUCUAUAGCCGUCGGAUUGGCUGCUUUUGGCUGCGUGUUUCUCAUUGUGAUGUUCGUGCUGAUCAACAAGUACGGCAGACGCAACAAGUAUGGAAUGAAAGGUCCUGUAGCAGUGAUCAGUGGGGAGGAAGACUCCGCCAGUCCACUUCAUCAUGUCAACCAUGGAAUCAUCACGCCCUGCACGCUGGACGCCGGCCCUGACGCCGUGGUGAUCGGAAUGAGCCGCAUUCCUGUGCUGGAGAACCCGCAGUACUUCCGGCACGGACACAACUGUAACAAACCGACCACUCAGUAUCAUUACAGUUAUGACCGUUUUGAUGUCUUCUGUUCAGACAAAGAAGAAAACGAUGUCCAGCAUGUGAAGCGGCGGGACAUUGUUCUGAAGAGGGAGCUGGGAGAAGGGGCUUUCGGCAAAGUCUUCCUGGCUGAGUGCUACAACCUCAGCCCUACCAAGGAGAAGAUGCUGGUAGCUGUCAAGACCUUGAAAGACCCGACUCUGGCCGCCAGAAAAGACUUCCAGAGAGAAGCUGAGCUGCUCACCAACCUGCAGCACGAGCACAUUGUGAAGUUUUACGGCGUGUGUGUGGACGGCGACCCGCUCAUCAUGGUGUUCGAGUAUAUGAAGCAUGGAGACCUUAAUAAGUUUCUGAGGGCUCAUGGUCCAGACGCCACCAUCUUGGUGGACGGCCAUCCGAUGCAGAGCAACGGCGAACUCGGUCUCUCUCAGAUGCUUCACAUUGCUACACAGAUUGCAGCCGGCAUGGUCUAUCUGUCCUCACAGCACUUUGUGCACCGUGACCUGGCCACACGCAACUGCCUGGUGGGAAAUGGGCUCCUGGUGAAGAUUGGAGACUUCGGCAUGUCCAGGGACAUCUACAGCAUGGACUACUAUCGGGUGGGCGGUCACACCAUGCUUCCCAUUCGCUGGAUGCCGCCUGAGAGCAUCAUGUACCGGAAGUUCAGCACAGAGAGUGACGUGUGGAGCUUCGGCGUCAUCAUGUGGGAGAUCUUCACCUACGGCAAGCAGCCGUGGUUUCAGCUGUCCAAUAAUGAGGUGAUUGAGUGCAUCACACAAGGGCGCGUUCUGGAUCGGCCUCGUCUUUGUCCCAAGGAAGUUUACGACCUCAUGCUGGGGUGUUGGCAGAGAGAACCGCAGCAGCGACUGAACAUCAAAGACAUUCAGAAAGUCCUGUAUGCCUUGGGCAAAGCCGCACCGGUCUACUUGGACAUCCUUGGCUAACGCUGGUGCGCUUCGUCAGGCCUGAGGCCAACACAAUCCAGGAGAAACCAAACGGCCCCUAACCUUACUGCGCCACUGUAAAAUCACCUACACGUCGGGGAUGGACUUAAGUGCCUGCAACACCAUUUUUUUUUUUCAAUACACUCGAAUAAAAAGUACAAAAUAUUUAAAGAAAACUUUUACAUUUUCUUUACUCGUACAGUAUAUAGUGUACAGAAUUCUACAAAGCUAAACAUUUUCCUAAAAACUGAUAUGAAUAAAAGACAGCAAAGUUGUGUAAAAGAUAUGUUGCCUUUGAUAUGGCGACCACGUAUCUAAUGAACAAAGCUUUCCAGUGUUUCAUUUUAUAAACGUAUAUAUACAUAUAUGAAUAUAUUUUUUAUUUAUUUAGUUUCAUUCUUGGAGGUAUGGGUGCCUGUCGUGUUUAGCAAUGUUGCUAGAUCUUCAUUUCAAGAUGGACUUCUGAUGUUGUUUUCUCUGGCACAUAGUCGGCAAAGCCUUACUAAACUUCAGUUACUCUAGUUAGAGUCUGUUUUUUGUUUUGUUUUGAGUUUUUUUUUUUGUUUGGUUGGCUUUUUUGUUUUCUUUUUUCCCCCCUCUUUCUUCUUUUUAUACUCUGCCAUUUUGAUUUGUCAGUGACGAGUGCUUGAAUGGAAAAAAAUCUUUAGAAUACUAAAAUAUAGGUAUAUUUUAAUUGUAUGUGAUUGUACAUACUGUAAAUUUCUAUACUGGUCAGCUUAAAUUAUUUUUUUUUCUUUAUAUGAUUGUUUUUGUUUUGUUCUUUGGUUGGUAGCAUCGAAUUUUCUAAACACAGCCAUGAGAGGGCAUAAAUAUUGUUCAGUGUGACCACUAUUGUAUCACUUUAAUCUCGCUCUCUACAGUCAAAUCAUUUACAGUUUAAAGAAUCAGCUGUAAGACAGUCAAAGGCAAGUGAAUGUGUUGUGGAGGAAAUGUCAGCUCUCUGCAGAAUCAUAUUCAAUGGUAAACUGCUUUAUUUCCAACUUGCCAAAAAAAAACAACAACAUAAACUACAGUGCAAGCUUUGUGUCACUAUUCUGCAAUGACACCCAUCUAAGCAAUGUUUUUUGCGAAUCUUCAUAGUACGUGAUAUCAGUGCCAUUGCAUCUGAAGUUAACGAUCUCAUGGUGUUUGUUGUCCGUAGCGAAACAAUUCUGUGUUCUUUUGCAAUGGGAGUGUUUGUAGUUAUUUUACACCAAAUCUUUCACAGCGUCACCGUUUUGACAACUUCCGAUUCUCUUGCCUCUUUGCAGUACCAGAAAGGUUUGCUAAAGACAAAUGAAAAAUGUAUGUUUAGAAGAUGUAUUAAAUAAAUAUUCAAACCUG